AUGACUGUGCAUGCGAGGGGCUAUGAGUGUGCAUGCGGGGGGCUAUGAGUGUGCAUGCGGGGGGCUAUGAGUGUGCAGUGUGAGAGUGGGAGAGGGAAGCUGGCAGCAGGCCCUAAGGUCACCCACCUGCUGGUGGCUGUGGGCACUGGUGUGUAUUACCUGUGCCCAGAGAACAUCAGAGGCCCGGGACCCAUAACCAUCCAUCCUGGGGUAGCCCGGGAAAGGCAGCCCUCCCCCACCGCUGUUGCCAAGGAGGCGGAAGGGGCCUCCCUCCCAGGGGAAUCUCAGCUUCCGGAGCCCCAUUCCUUAUAUGGUGCUUUGCUGUUCCCUGCCUCUCCCGACUGCAGAAGUCGGCCAGCACCCCUUCCCUGCCUCCCUCUGCCCUUCCUCUUGGGGGAAGUCUUGGAGCUUCCGACCAGGUGCCCUCAGUGGCCUGGGGGGUUUCAGGGCCCAGCACCCUGCAGUGGGCUGUAGGACCCCUCCAUCUCCUCCAUAGCCCAACUCCCCCCGCGCCCCCCACCCCCACCAAAGCAGCUUCCAGAUUUCUCUGGAGGAGCGAAAUGUAAAGUCUUGGGCCUCACUAAAGACCUGGGAGUGGGGCACCAGGCAGCCUUAACCAUCGUCACACAAGUGUCCACACAUCCACACCAAUGCCAGGGGCCCAGGCAGAGCCAAGGCUUGGGUGCGUCCCUCACCAGGCGCAGAGGACCAGCUCAGGGCCUGGAUGCCAGGGCGCCGGGCAGGGGGAGGCAGAAGCCGGAGGCCACAGCUGAGAACUCACACCUGACACUGGGGAGGGCUGCCUAGCGCACCUGUGCAUAGAAGCGUCCUGAAAGCCUCGGGCUCCAGGGAAGAGGAUCUGAAUGUCGGGUGGUUGCUAGGGCUCAUCCGUGGCUGAACAUUCUGAAAAACCGACUGGGCAGGGGCAGGGUAGGGCCAGUGGGGACCCAGGAGAGCAGAGCCCAGCUCCACCCCACCCCCAGUAAGGAGAGAGCGCUGUAAGAGGAGGAAUCUGACCCUGGGAUCCUGAGGGAGGGGCUUCCUCCUUACCUUUUGGGGGGGGGGCAGCGCGACAACCUGUCUCAGGCCCCCGGGAGCCCGCACCCGCGCCUCCCGGCUCCGCGCUGGAGCGUGGGAGGGUCGCUGGUCCCGCAGGUUGAAUGGGCCCGCGGGCGGGGAAGCGCGCAUUAGUCACCCCGGCAGCUAGUGCAGGGGGCGGGUCCUCGCCGGCCUGGCGAGGGGGCGCGGGGAGGCGGGGCGCGGGCGCGAGCGGGCGCCUGGGCCAAUGGGAGCCGCGCUCGCCUAGGGGCCGCCCACGGGCCCGCGGCGGCAUAAAGAGCCCCGGCGGCGCUUGGGCGCAGAGCUCACAGCUCCUCCGCGCUCUGCUGCUUACGCCCUGCUGCCGCCGCGCCGAGGGUCCCAGCGCGCCGCUCCGCCCGACCCACCGCCGCAGGCACCCGCAUCUCCGCACAGCCGGCCCCUCAGGACUUCCCGAUCCGAUCGCCUCGGCUACCGGCGCGCAGAUGGAGCUGGAGCACAUGAGGAGCGGCGGCCUCCACGCCUACCCGGCGCCGCGGGGCGGCCCGGCGGCCAAGCCCAACGUGAUCCUGCAGAUCGGUAAGUGCCGGGCCGAGAUGCUGGAGCACGUGCGCCGGACUCACCGGCACCUGCUGGCCGAGGUGUCCAAGCAGGUGGAGCGCGAGCUGAAGGGGCUGCACAGGUCGGUGGGCAAGUUGGAGAGCAACCUGGACGGCUACGUGCCCACGGGGGACUCGCAGCGCUGGAAGAAGUCCAUCAAGGCCUGCCUGUGCCGCUGCCAGGAGACCAUCGCCAGCCUGGAGCGCUGGGUCAAGCGGGAGAUGCAUGUGUGGCGGGAGGUCUUUUACCGGCUGGAGAGGUGGGCCGACCGGCUGGAGUCCAUGGGCGGCAAGUACCCGGUGGGCAGCGAGCCGGCCCCCCACACCGUCUCUGUGGGCGUUGGAGGUCCCGAGGGCUACUGCCAUGAGGCUGACCCCUAUGACUACACAGUCAGCCCCUACGCCAUUACCCCACCACCGGCUGCCGGGGAGGUGCCCGGGCAGGAGCCAGCGGAGGCCCAGCAGUACCCACCCUGGGGGCCUGGUGAGGAAGGGCAGCUGAGUCCCGGGGUGGACACACAGAUCUUUGAGGACCCAAGGGAGUUCCUCAGCCACCUGGAGGAGUACCUGCGACAGGUGGGUGGCUCUGAGGAGUACUGGCUGUCACAAAUCCAGAACCAUAUGAACGGGCCAGCCAAGAAGUGGUGGGAGUUCAAGCAGGGCUCCGUGAAGAACUGGGUGCAGUUCAAGAAGGAAUUCCUGCAGUACAGCGAGGGCACGCUGUCCCGAGAGGCCAUCCAGCGCGAGCUGGACCUGCCGCAGAAGCAGGGAGAGCCGCUGGACCAGUUCCUGUGGCGCAAGCGGGACCUGUACCAGACGCUGUAUGUGGACGCCGAGGAGGAGGAGAUCAUCCAGUAUGUGGUGGGCACCCUGCAGCCCAAGCUCAAGCGCUUCCUGCGCCACCCGCUGCCCAAGACCCUGGAGCAGCUCAUCCAGAGGGGCAUGGAGGUGCAGGACGGCCUGGAGCAGGCGGCCGAGACGGCCAGUCCCCACCCGCCCACCGAGGACGAGGCGGAGGCCCUCACACCAGCCCUCACCAGCGAGUCCAUGGCCAGUGACCGAACCCAGCCUGAGUAGAGGGCAGCCCAGGCCCCGGCUUGCCCACCACAGCCCAAUGGCCUUUGCCAGCUGGACUUUGGAGCUGGGAUGGCUCCUGCAGUGGGGGGCUCUCAUCUUCCUCCAGCCGGGCACCCCCCUUGCUCAGCCUCCUAGCCCGACCUGCACACAGACACGUCAGCCAGAUGUGGGCAGUAUCCCCUAAGCGGCAAAGGAGACCCUCUCCAUUGCAGGGCCCCUGCCUGGUCAUCCCCCCUCUGUCUGUCUGCCCCAGCCCCGAACCUGCCGGCCUGCGACCCCACCCUCCACACUCUCAGGCUUCCUCAUUCUGCUCAAUACCUGGGCCCUCUGGGCACUCAGAAACCAAGUGUCCAGGCGGCAUGCCCAGAGUGCACCAAGCUCAAGGAACACCCCAGGGCAGAAGCUAAAGGCAGAACCAGUGCUGUGGGAACCUCGGCUUCGGGAAGGCCACCUGCCCCUGGAAGUUGCCAUGCAGCUGGAUGGCACCCUCGCUGCCACACACACCAGCUGGGGCAGUGUGGCUCCCUCCUCCUCGAGGCCAAGAAGCCAUAAUAAAUGCAGCCGCAGCCACAGCCGCAGCAACAGACCUGGUGUCCUGGUGCCUCCUGGCCCCUCAGCACCAGUGACUCACGCCAGCCCAGGAAAGGAUCGAGCUCCGCUUGAUGACUCACCCGCGGCCUGCGAGGGUCCCCCAGGGCCUGGGUCCUCUGACCCGGCUGAGGCAGCAGCCAGAGCCCUCGGAGCCAGGAGAGUGACUCCAGGUCUGAGGUUCCCACGGAGCCUCUGUGGCUGCACCGGGCAGUGCCCCCUGUCCUCCCCCUACACAGGAGGAGAGGCCUGCAGCCAGCGAGGAGGCUGCAGAGAGGAGGGCCCAGCAGAGAGCCGGUGCUGAAGACGGGCCAGCGUGAGGGCCAGGGCCUGCCACUAUGCCCGCCCCGCUGGCCGCCAGCCCGCCCACCCGCCCCCAAGGCUGCUGUGGCUGGAGCUGGGGUCUGCGACCUCCAGCCCUGUCUUGCUCCAGCUCACAACCCCCACCCAUGGUGCGGCCAUCCUCUCCUGCCAGAGCUUUACACGAGUCCUAGGGCUGAGGCCACAGCCUCUGCCCCUGCUCCAUGGCCCCAGCCUCAGGACAUCCCAGCAGCCUUUGCUCCUGAGGCUCAUGCAGGUUCUCUGCCAGGCCCUGGUUUUGCCCAGGCCUGGACCCCCACUUCCCCCAGCACCAACAUGGUGCUGGCUGGCCACUUGUGUCUGCAGUCCAAGCAGGCCCUGGUUGGGGGUUCUCUUUUCUGCCUAUCUACUGAGGGUUCCCAAAAAUGCAGAGUUGUCUGUAGGUGAAUCUGCCCGCCCCUCCAUCCUGUGCCCCUGCCAGUCCCUCAGAUUUUAUUUUUGCACAUGGGCCGUAACCCAUACCCACAGGCUGGCACAAGCUACAGGAGGCCCUGGGGUCCUCAAGAGAGUGUAGCCACCCCCACUCCUCACACCCCCCUCACAGACCCAUUUGUGGAUGUCAGGCCAGGCUGUGUACACCCCUGCCACCUUAACCUAAAGACAGACUCUUUUGUAAGAUUUUGCUAAUAAAACACUGAAACCUC